AUGGAAGUCUGCCUAGAUGAAGAGUUACCACCCACCACUGAACUGGAGGAAGGUUUAAGGAAUGGUGUCUACCUUGCCAAAUUAGCUAAGUUUUUUGCACCAAAGUUGGUCUCUGAUAAGAAGAUCUAUGAUGUAGAACAGACACGUUACAAGCGUUCAGGCCUACAUUACCGACACACUGAUAAUACAGUACAAUGGUUACGGGCAAUGGAGUCUAUUGGCCUACCAAAGAUUUUCUACCCAGAGACCACAGAUGUUUAUGAUAGGAAAAACAUACCUCGAAUGAUCUAUUGCAUUCAUGCAUUAAGUUUAUAUUUGUUUAAAUUAGGAAUAGCUCCACAAAUCCAGGAUUUGCUUGGGAAAGUAGACUUUACAGAGGAAGAAAUCAGUAACAUGCGGAAGGAACUGGAAAAAUACGGUAUACAGAUGCCAUCAUUUAGUAAAAUUGGAGGCAUCUUGACCAGUGAGCUUUCAAUGGAUGAAGCUGCAUUGCAUGCUGCAGUUAUUGCAAUUAAUGAAGCUAUUGAGAAGGGAGUUGCAGAUCAAACUAUCAAAACAUUGAAAAAUCCUAAUGCCAUGUUAGUUAAUGUGGAUGAUAAUUUUGCCCAUGCAUAUCAGAAGGAACUUUCGGAAGCAAAAAAGAGAAAAGAAGAGAAUGCAAGACUUAAGAGUGACUCAAUUUUGGAGGAGGAAAGAGAUGUAUAUGAAGAAUUGCUGACACAAGCUGAAAUCCAGGGAAAUGUUAAUAAGAUCAACAUUCACAUAGCUUUAGCCCAAGUGAAUGAGGCUAUUGACAUGCAAGAUGAAGUGGCACUAAUGGCAGGUUUGAGAAACCCUGCUCUGAGCCUGCUUGAAGUUUUGCUGCAAAAUUCCUCGUGGUACCUAGCACGGUUAUUUGAUUCUAAAGAGCAGAGAACACAGAUAGCAGGGGUUCCAAUUAUCCUGGACAAAAAUGAGAUACAGAAUGAAGUAAGUGUUGCCAAUGAGGAAUCAGACUCUCAUAAAUUUAAACUUAUUGCAGUUGACAAUAUUAACAUUGCAAUUCGUAACGGUGACUCAAACAUGACAAUUGCCGCAUUAAUGAAACCUGAGGCCCAGUUGCCUGAUGUUUACCCUUCUGCUGCCUCUGUCUAUCAGACUGAACUCUUCAAUCUUCAGCAACAGAAUGCUAUGAAAUACUUAGCUCAUGAUGAACUGUCUAUUGCUGUUGAAAUGCUGUCAGCUGUGGUGCUGUUAAAUCAGGCUUUGGAGAGCAAGAACAUAGAGGCAGCAAAAACACACCUCAGCAACCCAUCCAUUGGCUUUAACAAUUUGAAGGAAGAGAACUUGCAACGUUAUGGUGACACCCUACUGUCUAUUAAAUUAGAAGCUUUGUCUCAAGGACAACAAUAUUUAAGCUGGAAUGAUAUCCAGAACUGUAUUGACAUGGUUAAUACACAGAUUCAAGAAGAAAAUGAUAAAAUUUUGGCAGUGGGUCAUAUUAAUGAAGCUAUUGAUCGGGGAGAUCCAGUAAGAACACUAGAAACACUGUUGUUUCCUACAGCAAAAUUACAGAGUGUAAAAGAAGCAAAUGCAUGGCAUUAUCAAACAGUUUUGAACAAUGCAAAAACACUCAAAUGUCAGGAAUCUCAUGAUGAUUCAUCGGUGCUUUGGCUAGAUGAGAUACAGAAAGGAAUUGAUGACGCUAACAGAAACUUGGAAGAGGCAUCAAAAUUGGCUAUUGGGAUAUGUAUGAUAAACCAGUGUUUAGAAAAAGAUGACUCUGCACCAAUCAUUGGAAUUUUACAGUCACCUAAUUUCAAUCUGAGAGCUGUUCCAGAGUGUGCUGAUAUCUACUAUGAAAGUUUACAGGAAGCUAAAAAUUUAAAAACCAAAGAUCCUGAUGAAGGCCCAUGGAUUAAAUUUUUAAUUCAAGGUAGCUAUGAUUAUUAUUUCAAUGAAGAAAGUAGAGAGGGUACAUGUGUUCCCCCUGAAGGAAUUGUCCCCAAAACUUCCUGGCUCACUGGGGAAGAGAUUCAGGGUAUAGUCAACCAGAUCACAUCAAAUUAUAACAGAGAACAGCUUUGGUUUGCAAAUGAGGACCUGAUCAUUCAGCUGCAAGCUAGAGCAAGGGGAUUUUUAGUCAGGAAAAGAUAUAAAGAGAGAAAAGCAUACCUCCAAGCCCAGGAGCCAUCAGGGAUAAAAAUACAGGCAUUUUGGAAAGGGUAUAAACAAAAGAAAAAUUACUCGGAAAGACUUCAAAUGUUGCAAAGAAAUGUUGCCUCUGUUAUCAAGAUUCAGUCAUGGGUCAAAAUGUGGUUAGCAAGAAGAGCAUACAAGGAACGAUUACAAUAUUUCAAAAAUCAUAAUGAAGAAAUUGUGAAGAUUCAAGCAUUCCUUAAAGCAAACAAAGCUAGGGAAGAUUACAGAAUAUUGACUAGUUCUGCAAAUCCUCCUUUGAAUGUCUUGCGCAAAUUUACUUAUCUCAUGGAUCAGAGUGAUUUAGAUUUUCAAGAAGAGCUGGAAGUUACAAGGCUAAGGGAAGAGGUGGUCACAAAUAUCCGAUCUAGUCAACAGCUGGAAAAAGAUCUGAACUUAAUGGAUAUUAAAAUAGGAUUGCUGGUUAAAAACAGAAUAACACUGCAGGAUGUUGUGUCCCAUAGCAAGAAGCUGAACAAAAAAAGCAAAAACCAGCUGGAAGAGAUGGUAACUGGGGAAAAGCAAGGCAUCAAAGGCUUAAGCAAAGAGAGGAGGAAAAAACUGGAAGCCUACCAGCACUUGUUUUACCUUCUUCAGACUAAUCCAACUUAUUUGGCAAAGCUUAUCUUCCAGAUGCCCCAGAACAAAUCCACUAAGUUUAUGGAUACAGUUAUCUUCACACUGUACAAUUAUGCUUCUAAUCAACGAGAAGAAUACUUACUUCUGAAGCUGUUUAAAACUGCUCUAGAAGAAGAAAUAAAUUCUAAAGUAGAUCAGAUUCAGGAUAUUGUCACAGGAAAUCCUACUGUCAUAAAAAUGGUUGUUAGCUUCAAUCGAGGUGCACGAGGGCAGAAUACUCUACGUCAGCUAUUGUCAUCAGUGGUAAAGGACAUAAUGGAUGACAAAUCCCUAGUCAUCAAUACAAGUCCCGUGGAAGUGUACAAAGCAUGGGUAAACCAGUUGGAGAUGCAAACUGGAGAAGCCAGCAAAUUACCCUAUGAUGUAACAACAGAACAAGCCCUGACACACCCUGAAGUAGUGAAUCGACUAGAGUCCUCGAUUCAGAGCCUCAGAGCAGUAACAGAUAAAGUCCUUGCCUCCAUAUUCUCAUCUCUGAACUUAAUGCCUUAUGGAAUGAGAUAUAUAGCCAAAGUUCUGAAGAACUCCCUUCAUGAGAAAUUCCCAGAUGCAACAGAAGAUGAGCUGUUAAAGAUUGUUGGAAAUCUCCUGUAUUAUCGAUUUAUGAAUCCAGCUAUUGUUGCACCUGAUGGUUUUGACAUUAUUGACAUGACAGCUGGAGGCCAGAUACAUUCUGAUCAGAGGAGAAAUUUAGGUUGUAUAGCCAAAGUCCUUCAACAUGCUGCAUCAAAUAACCUCUUUGAAGGGGAAAAUGCUCAUCUCUCAUCAAUGAACAAUUAUCUCUCCCAAACAUAUGAGAAAUUCAGGAAUUUUUUUCAAGCAGCAUGUGUGGUUCCUGAACCUGAAGAAAAAUUCAAUAUUGAUGAAUAUUCUGAUAUGGUGACUCUUAGUAAACCAGUAAUAUAUAUUUCUAUUGAAGAAAUUAUCAACACCCAUUCACUAUUGAUAGAACAUCAGGAUGCCAUUGCUCCAGACCAGAAUGAUGUCUUAAAUGAACUCUUGCAAGGGCUGGGGGAAGUUCCUGAUGUAGAGACUUUUCUUGGGGAAGGAGCUGUUGAUCCCAGUGACCCUAACAAGGAAAACACUUUAAGUCAACUUAUUAAAACAGAAAUUUCUCUUUCACUGACCAGGAAAUAUGAUUUACGGGAAGGGGAAGAACAAGACAUUAAGGGCCUAAUGAUAAAAACGAAAAGGCUAAUUGUUGAUGUGAUACAAGCUCAGCCAGGAGACUCACUUGCAAAAAUCUUGGAAACACCAGCAUCUGAACUUCAGGAAGCUGAACACAUGAAAAUAAUAGAAAAACGUGCAAUUUUGGAUUCUAAAACACCAGAGAAAAUGAAACAUAGUCGAUCUAUUCUUGAAGAAGGGCAGUUACCAUUAGAACAAAAGAAAAGAAAAAUCCAGAGAAACCUGCGAACAUUGGAACAAGCUGGGCUGGUUUCAUCUGAAAACAAGUACCAAGAAAUCAUCAAUGAAAUAGCCAAGGAUAUCAGAAAUCAAAGAAGAUACAGACAACAUCGAAAAGCAGAGUUGGUAAAACUUCAGCAGACACUGAAUGCACUCAAUUCCAAGAAAGCUUUUUAUGAAGAUCAAAUAAAUUAUUACAACACUUACAUUAAAACAUGUUUAGAUAAUUUGACAAGAAAAAAUUCACGAAGAUCUAUUAAAUUAAAUGGAAAGCAAGAGGAGAAAAGUGGAAACAAACUGAAGAAUAUUUCACUGAAAUACACAGCAGCAAGGCUAUAUGAAAAAGGAGUUAUUCUAGAAAUCGAUGAACUUCAGCCUAAUCAGUUUAAGAAUGUGAUGUUUGAAAUUACACCUGGUGAAGAGGUGGGUGACUUUGAUAUUAAAGCUAAAUUCUUAGGCGUGGAAAUGGAAAAAGUACAGCUCCAUUUUCAGGACUUGCUUCAGAUGCAAUAUGAAGGCGUUUCUGUAAUGAAAAUGUUUGAUAAAGCUAAAGUGAAUGUGAACCUCCUCAUUUUUCUGCUGAACAAAAAAUUCUAUGGAAAAUGAUUUGCUGCAUUUUGCUUCAAUCAAGUCCCAGUUCUGGCUAUGUGCUUAACUCUUUGAAUCUAUUAUACAGCAGAUCAUUCUUCAAGACAGCCCAGAAGAAAUUACUUGUGUGCCUUUUUCAUCCUUUGGUAAUAUAGUAAUAAAAUAAGAAACUAUGAAUCAGCUUAAAACACUUCCUGAUUUCUGUGGUGUUGGUACUCAAUUAAAAAAGAUAAGAUCAAAUGACAUCCAAACAUUAUAUGUCUGAUUUUUAAAAAUAUGGACAUUUGAAUGACAUAUAUAGAAAUCUUACCUCGGUAAAAUUAUAUACCCGUAAAUCAAUAUCAAGUACAGUUUUCCUUAAAGAAUUAUUCAUAGGAAAAAUAAUUCUUAAUAUGAGUCUCUAAAGAAUAGCUUUGGCAAAUAUUUCUUAAGUGCUAUUUUUCCAGAAGCCUAUCAAUUGUAAAGUGAAUUAUUGUACAAUUCAAAGUUUUUAUAAGUAAUAAUAAAUUUAACAUUUACUG